AUGACUUCGGACUCCAGCUUCUCCACGCCCUCCGAUUCGCUGCUUCCUGCCCUUGAUCUGCCUUCGCCUUUUUCAGACGCCUCCAAAAAUCCUGCCCACCUUGCCUUUGCCCCGAUAGCGCUGGCGCAGUACCACAACAUUGCCCAAGAGCUGGCCUCCAACAACCUCUACCGCAUCCUACGCGCUCCAGGCCCUAUCCGUGUAUGGGUGUACCGCUGCCUACUCGCCCAACACCAGCUGUGGCAUGACUGGAAUCAGCACGCGAUAUCGCCAGCAAUUACUGUGAAGAAUUCGACAGGCAACAUGGUCGACGGCAGCGUCAACGGUACCGAGAGCGUGGGCGAGUCUGAGCGCCCGGAGAGCUCAAAUGGCAGACCAGCAAGGCCAUACCUUACCCGUCUUCGCCUCGCACUCGCCCCCUAUACCGUUCACUUUCACAAUCCCGGCUAUAUCAGAGACGAUACGCUGCGCAUGUUGGAGCGCGACAUUGUGAAGAAAACACUGGAGGAGUCGCGCAAGAGCUUGGAGUUGCGCGAAGAACUCGGCCUCUCGUGGGAGUUUUGGGACGAGCUUGCAGGCGUACUCAAGGCCGCUGUUCCCUCGCUCGAACGUCGCUGCUUUGCUGCGCCAGAUCCUGCAGCUCCAGAAUAUGAGGGGCUGUCGGGUCCCCUCAUAGCUAGUUACUCACCGAGCCUGCUGAGAGAUCUGGAACGGCUGAACCAGCUUGUGUGCAUUGCGCGCAACGUGUUGGUCCAUGGAGAGCGGGUACAGAAUCUCAGUGCAGAUAGGCUGUUCGACAAGGACAUAUUCGCUCUCAUAAAUGUCUGUGUGCGUGUCACGGCGAGGGGCUACGACGGCGAAGCGGGAACUCAAGACGAGGACAAAUGGCAGGGCGUCAUCAAUGCAUAUAAGAAGCUAUUGAUCACUUGCCUACAAUUCCUGAACAAUCUCAUCGCCAAGAAUGAGCAGCGCAAACUCAUGCUCUGGAUUGAACUCUUUGAUAGCCACCUGGACAAUGAGCUCCCCAACUUCGCCGAUAUGAAAUACAAAAUGGAUGAGUUUCCGCAACAGGAUCAAGAACCACCUCCAGAAGAACAGCCUUUGCCAAGUCACGCAGCGCGGAGCUUGGACACGUUUAAGAUACCUCAACAACCCGCUUCGUCCCCUUUCCUACUCUACAUUGGUGAGACUGGAAAUGACGUCAAGAAGGCUCUCACACAGCACGGAGUCAAGGCUGGUGCAAAUGAGAUUGCCGCUGAGUGCAGAAGACGAUGGCAAACCAUGAGCGAAGAAGAAAAGAACAAAUGGAACAUGCUCUAUGCAGACGUUGUUGCCAGAUACCGGGACCAAAUCACUCAGUCCAGCACAUACCGCAAGGUUGUCGAUCAGCAUGCCAAGAAUGAGGAGAGCGUGCAAGCGCUGGCAAAAAGCAUCAACCAGCUCCAGGUUGAGGUUGACCGAAUGCGCUCAUCCAUUACCGUGUUACCAGGGGACGAGUCCGGCCAAGACCAACCAUCGUCAGCCCAGGAUGGGGAGAAGCAGUCCCCGAAACCAGCAGCGGAUGACUCGUUACUAGAUCCCAGCAUCAAACGGUCUCCCCCGGCAGGUGAGAUCGAUUUCCGUGUGACAUACCCGCCAUCCUUUGGAGCCGAGAUUCUUCAGAAUGGCAAAGAAGACUUGCUCAAGCGUCUGGAGCCAGACCCCGACCGACCAUCAGGGCUAAUCAGUGACGUAGCCUCUCCAACUUCCCCUCCACCAGAGGACGACGAUGAUAAUGACGAUGACUACGACGACAUUCCUGGAGAUGAAGGCCGAGGUCUACUCACAGAUGUUCCCUUGAUUCUGGGACCCACUGAGAUCGAAGUUCUACCCAUGAUCAUCAUGGCUGGCAUCGUUGAGCCACAAGAGGGACAGCCUGGAUAUCACUCGGAUCCGACUGUCUUCAGUAGCGUGAGGAGCAUGCAUGGUGUUCGGUGCCAUCUUCUCCUUGCCCAAGACAACGGAAGAAAUCUACUGCGCGAGCUGUUGAUCUUUGUUGCUGCCUGGGACCUGAGGGAGGAAGAGCUCUACUUCAAGUUCAUGGUGAAAAUCAUGGAAGCCAUCCUUGCGAACCAGCUUCUACCAUUUGCCUAUCAUGCUUUCAGAGAAUCUGAAUCCAAGGAUAUUAUAUCGCCAGCUCAGGCCGUCAUAAUGAAACUUCUCACCAACAUCUUCCGCGCGAGGCAAGCUCGUACCCAGCCCGCCAAAGGCCAUCUCAAAGCGAACCAUCCACAAGUCGAUCAGGGCGACGUUCACAUGGUCAAUUUCCUGCUCACUGAGUUCCGGCGGCAUAUCAUUCCACAGACUUGCGCACUCAUUUUUCUCCAGGGACAAAUUCGGGCUGGACAUGCACAACCUGAGGACUUUCCCCUCAAUCUCUGGGAUAUGGAGCGCAUGUACGAGGGCGUCUACCAAUACUUGGAGUUCUUCGCUAUCCUGACUGAACACGAAACAUGGAAGAGGAUGCUAAGUAACUGGGAGAUUUCUCACGAGCUAGUUACGUUGCUCAAAGAGCUCGAUGCAGCGAUUCCUAAGGGUCAGUUGUCACCACCACCUCUGAGGAAUGUUCAACAUGCCCAACCCACAACUGCACCAGCAGAGGGAGAUGCUUCACAGCAGCAGCAGCAACAACAGUCAUCACAACCCCAACCGGUUGCUGUAGAGCGACCAUAUGACACUACAGCAGGAGCUGCAGAGGCCUAUGCUCCUCCACCAACAUCACCAUCACCUAGGCCGUACAUGGAUGAAGCCGCCGAUGAGCCCUCAGACUUUGAAUGGCGCAACCUUAAGAAGCUUGCCGUACUUGUGCUGAGCUCCCUGGUGUGGAAGAACAAACAAGUACAAGACCAGAUCCGUCCUCUGGGUGGUAUUGAGGCAGUCUUGAAUUGCUGUUCCUAUGACGAGCACAACCCAUAUAUCCGCGAGCAUGCCAUCAUGUGUCUGCGGUUCCUUAUGGAAGGCAACAAAGAAAACCAAGACUGCAUUCAUGCGCUUGAGAGAUAUAGUCAAGAUGCAAUCAACAAAGCCAAGACCUCGACGAACUCAUCAUCUUCUUCAAGCACUCCUGCAGCGGCAAGCGAGAGCAACAACAGAUCACCCGUCAAUGUCCGCGUGCCUGACGAAGUGCUCGAUCAACAAGGGUACGAAACCUACAUGGACAAACAAGGGCAGGUCAUGUUGCGAAAACGACAGCCUCAGCCUCAGCCCCAGCAGCCACUGACAUCUCGCUCAGAUACAGGAAGCAAGGGUAAAGGAAAAGUCGAUGCUGCUACGCUAGGUAGCAUGAGGGAUCCAAAAGCACUUGAGGAUCUGGUACAGCAAGUCAUGCGUGAUCUGCCCCGUGUGCAAGGCCUCAGGGGUGGGGAAGAGAGAGCGGUGGAGGUCGAGGAGGCAUUGAAGAAGCUAGACAAAGGAUUUGACGGUGGGAGCUCGCAAGGUUGA